AUGUGUAUCUCUAGCCCUGUAUUAAUGACUAUAAAUGUCAGUUGUACGAUCCUGCAGGAGAAAGUACUUGCUGUGAGGGCCUUGCAGACUGCAGUUAAAACCCCCAAAGAGCAGAGCUACACCAGUGGCCAAAGAUCAGAUGUCAAUGGUGUGGCCGUUGCGAAGCCACCCGGCGUGUGCUGGGCCUGCAAGUGGCUAUUGAACAAGGUCAAGAAGUCCAUCUCAGCUGCCAGCUCACCGGACGAGAUUACGGGGAAACUGCGAGCGGGCUGUGAGCAGAUCGGCUUCCUGAGGUCCAUGUGUAAGGGCUUUGUCAAGAGGUACUUGUCAGUACUGGUAGAGGAGCUCUCCACCACAGAUGAAGUCAGGUCCAUCUGUGUCUCCCUGAAGGCCUGCAAGUGA